AUGGCUACCAUAUCGCUAGAAUACGAAGAUAACUACACGGUAUUUUCUUUAGAAAAUCCGAGCCCUUUUUUAUGUUCGUCCUUCUACAAACACGAACGAAAAACGGUUUUCUAUGUUUUUGGUUUCGGUGGCAAAUCUGAUGAACAUUCAGUCAAAGGCAUCGUACCUGUGUACUUAAAUAGAGCUAAUAUAUGUUUAUUGAAUUGGGAAAAAGAAGCUUCGACCGGUGUGUUAGGGAAUCUAGCUUAUGGCGCAACAGCUGUUCCAAACGCCAGGAAGAUUGGUAAACGAUUUGGUAAAACAUUACUAAUAUUGAACAAGAAUGGCCUGAAUUUGAAAAAAGUUCAUGUGAUUGGAUUCUCUCUUGGAGCACAACUAUCGGGCUACGCCGGCAGAGAAGUACGAGCAAAUGGAAAAAUUAUUGGCAGGAUUACUGGUCUCGACCCAGCUGGACCACUUUUUGAUGGUAUAGUUUCACUUCGUGCACUAAGCGCCUCUGAUGCCAGUUUCGUAGAUAUCGUACAUACCAACCCUGGCAAAUUGGGAAUAGAUUCAUCUGUAGGCACUGUGGAUUUCUGGCCAAACUGUCAGAGUAGUGUACAACCAGGCUGCGAAAUCAAGGGUCGUAAGGGUUACUCCAAACGAAACUCGUGCAGUCAUGCCCGCUGUUGGAGGUACUUCACAGCAGCUAUAGAACGCCCAUCUGCUUUCAUAGCGACUUUUGCCGAGGAUUGCUUGUCUUGGAAGGCAGGUGUAAGAACCAAUAAAACAGUCUACAUGGGCGACGACAUCAAUCUUAAUGCUCGUGGCAACUUCUACUUGGAGACAAACUCUGCUCCACCAUUUGGAUUUAAAAAAGAAGACUGCACAUUACGUCACCUACCUACCAAAUAAAUGAACAACAACAACAAUGACAAAGUAACUUAUUUAAAAAUAUGAGCAGUUAUUAGGUAUCGAAAUGCAAUUUACUUAUUGUGACAAAAACCUAAAACGAUUAGUUGAUAAGCGCAAUUCGUGCCGAGAAGUAAAUAAAAUUUAAUGUAAAGUU